AUGCAACAGCGGUUGAAAGAGUUGGGCGGUGUCUUACGAGGGAUAGGCAUCGUAGUGAAUAACACUGUAGAAGAUCAAACUCGUAGAGCAUACUGGGAAUGGUCUAAAUCUGACAUUAGGAACGUUUUGACCAACUCUUCUUGGGAUAUUACCAAUAAAAUCAAUGGUCAAAACCUAUCUCAGACGGCUAGUUUCGUAAUAGACAGAUUAUGGCUUCUUAGUCAGCAGAAUUUCAUCAUUGCCAAGUCACUUAUAUUCCCCGGAGUUCUUCAAAGUUGGGAGUCAAGUGUCUCUGGAAGCAGAAAUAAUGAAGGCAGCAAUGGUUCUUCGAGUAUCAAGACUGUAAAUGAAGCAAUCACUUCACCACAAAAAGAUAACAAAAAUACCGCACGUAACCGUGUCGCCAGCAAACCAUUCACUCUUGAUAGCUACAAAAUGCCAUCCCCAGAAACCUUAGAUCAAAAAGCAUCCUCCAAAGAAAGGCGUGUACCAUCAUCACGUAUCGGAAGAAUAGCGGGUUUUGGAAAUCUGGCAAUAAGUCUUGGUGUUGGGGCUGCUACCGAGUGGGCCAAGCAGAAAGUUGGGUAUUCCGGCUCUGGAGGGUCUACUCCACCAGGAAAUGUAUUUCUAACAGAAUCGAAUCUUGAGAAGAUUGUUGACACAUUAUGUCGCAUGAGAGGAGCUGCUCUUAAGCUCGGGCAGAUGUUGAGUAUUCAAGACGAGAAUUUUGUGAGUCCACAAAUUCAGAAAAUAUUUGAACGUGUUAGGCAAGCAGCAGAUUUCAUGCCAGCUAGACAAAUGAAAACAGUUCUGGCAUCAGAACUAGGUGAAGAUUGGGUUCAGCAUGUCAAAGUAUUUGAAGAAAAUCCAUUUGCUGCAGCAAGUAUUGGUCAAGUUCAUAGAGCUACUCUUAAAGAUGACAGAGUUGUAGCAAUGAAAAUACAAUAUCCUGGCGUAGCUGAUAGCAUUGAUUCAGAUGUGAAUAAUUUAAUGACUCUCUUGAAUCGUUUCAAUAUAUUACCGCCUGGUUUAUUCGCUGAAAAGGCAAUUGAGGUGGCUACAAGAGAAUUGAAAGAUGAGUGUGAUUAUCUACGGGAAGCUGAAUACGGAAAACGCUUUAGUCGCCUGCUUGCAGAUGAUCUUGUCUUUCAAGUUCCACAGAUAAUUGAUGAAUUGACAACAAGUCGUGUUCUAACAGCUGAAUACAUGAAUGGUUUAGUACUAGACGAUUGUAUUAGUCUUCCUCAGAAUGUCAGAGAUUGGCUCGGUGAACAAUUAUUAUGGUUGUGUUUGAAAGAAUUAUUUGUAUUUCGUGUCAUGCAAACUGAUCCGAAUUGGUCGAAUUUCUUGUACAAUCCACAAACAGGCAAAAUUAUUUUAUUGGAUUUUGGAGCUUCCAGAGAUUUUAGCAAACCUUUUGUCGACCUGUACAUUCGUCUAAUUCAUGCAGCGGCUGAAGGUGAUCGUGAGGCUAUUCUUCAUAUUUCAGAAGAUUUGGGUUUCCUAACUGGUUAUGAGACAAAGUUGCUACAACAAGCUCAUGUGGAUGCUGUUAAUAUUUUGGGUGAAGCAUUCGCUGCUGAAAAACACUUUGAUUUCGGUCAACAGUCAACAACUAAACGAAUUAGUCAUUUAAUUCCUGUUAUGCUUGAACAUCGGUUGACUCCACCACCAGAAGAAAGUUAUUCCCUGCAUCGUAAAAUGUCUGGCUGUUUUCUGCUGUGCAGUAAACUUAAAGCUAAAGUUAACUGUCGACCAUUAUUUUAUGAUAUAUGGAAUAAUUAUCAAUUCUCUGCUGACGAUAAUAUUGCUCACGAUCACCAGCAGACUUCUCCUCAGUGUCUAGUUUAA